AUGGCGCCGGUAGGAAUAAUGGCUCGGCUUAAGAGUCUAUACUUCAAGCAAGAUGAGCCUGCUCUGUCAGAAUAUACGGUCGCCCUUCUGUCUGUCAUCCUCACAUUGCUUUACGUGGUGCCAUUCUAUCUCUCCCCAAAAACACGCCCAUCACCGACUCUCAGUCGCGAUGCACCGUCCGUGAUUCGCGCCCGCAUCCGUGUAGUCACGGGCUCCUGUAUCGUGAGCUCAGUCUUUGUUCUCUGGCUCAUUGUUGAGAAAGGGAAUUCCUCCAUCGGCGCUGGCAUUCGACUCCUCGGCUGCUGGCCCGUCGGUGUGCUAGAGACCUUUCGGAGUCUUCUCCUAACGGCCAUCCUGUUCCUGGGCCCACUCUUUGAGCGUGGCAUUGUCGAGGGCGAGUGGAAGUUCUGGUUUCGUCCUAGUAGGCUCUCUGAGAGUCUCGGUGGCUGGAUUGGCUGGAGGAAUUAUGUUGCGGGCCCCUUCACAGAAGAAGUCAUCUUCAGAUCCGGGAUGGUUUCGCUACAUUUGCUAGCACACACCUCGCCGGUCCGAAUUGUGUUUCUUGUGCCGCUGUAUUUCGGUAUUGCGCAUGUGCACCACUUCUAUGAGUUCCGUUUGACGCACCCGGAUACGCCAGCUUGGGCUGCGCUGCUGCGCUCGCUCUUCCAGUUCGGGUACACGACUAUCUUCGGUUGGUAUGCGACUUUCGUCUAUUUGCGGACCGGCUCGUUGCUAGCCGUUGUUCUCGUCCAUGGUUUCUGUAACUGGUCUGGAUUACCGCGGUUUUGGGGACGUGUUGAAGCCGGUCAGCCUAUCGGGCCCCCUAUAACAAGGGGGAAGGAGGAUUCUGAUGAGGAUCUUAUCGGGGUUCGGGGUGGUAAUGGUUUGGGUGUUGGGUGGACGAUUGCAUAUUAUGUGCUUCUUGUUGUCGGGGCGCUUGGUUUUGCUCAGGGCUUGUGGCCUUUGACCGAGUCUUACCAUGCUCUAGUUUCAUUUUCAGGGAAGUCGAACUAG